AUGGUCACAGUCAAGACUGUUAUCAGUGUAGCAGCCUCACACAACUGGCCUCUUCACCAAAUGGUUGUCCAUAAUGCAUUCUUAGAAGGUGAUCUCACAGUGCAAGUCUAUAUGGAGAUGCCUCAAGGUUUUCAAAGGCAGGGGAAGUACAAGGUGGGCAACAGUGACAAGUUGAUACAAGAGUUAAAGGACUCUCUGCAUAUUAAGUUCAAAAUGAAGGAUCUUGGUCACCUCAAGUACUUCCUAGGCAUUGAGAUCAUGAGGUCUAAGACUAGUAUACUAUUUAACCGGAGAAAAUAUGCUCUUGAAUUAAUUUCAAACACUGGUUUGAGUGGUGCAAAGCUAUUCAUGCAACAACCCAAAUUAUCACACUGGGAAGUAACCUUGAGGCUAGUUAGAAACAUUAAAAUUUGUCCUGGUCAAGGUCUGUUGUUAAGCAGCACAAUGAGCCUAGAACUUGAAGCAUUUUGUGACUCAGAUUGGGCAGCAUGUCCCAACACUAGAAGAUCUGUAACUAGAUAUCUGAUCAAACUUGGAGAUUCUCUUAUAUCUUGGAAAUUCAAGAAGCAACAUACAGUGAGCAGAAGCUCUACAGAGGCUGAAUACAAGAGCAUGACUGCUGCUGUUGCUGAGGUAAUAUAA